AUGGUUCGUGUUCAAAAGCUGACAGCAGAAACUCUCCUCGGAGCUCCUAGGAGGAGUGCCGCGAUUCCGAAUCACGAUGGCAUGCUGGCCCUCUAUACGAUUUCCACCCACAAGUUCGGUGACAAAACUGUGAAACAAGUCCGUGUUAUGGACUUACAAAGCCGUCAGUCAUCCCAAAUAUCAGAUGAUGAUAAAGUUCACGAUGCCGUUUGGGUCCCUGGCACCAAUGAUAUUUUGCUUCUUAAGUCUGGAGACAAGGGCCGAACGAAAGCCAUUAUGGCUAUGGAAAAAGAUGGAUCUUGGGAACACAUCCACAUCGCCGAGUUCAAUGGACCAAUUGGAAAUCUUAAACUGAAGAAACUCGAUGACGGAUCUGUCGUAUUCAUGGUUACUGGUCAAGUUGAUAAUGAUGGUCUUCUGUACAACGAAGAGGCUCACCAGAAACUCUCCACUGGCCGCAUCUUUGACGGGGCGCGUGUUCGAUCUAAUGAACAGCCCUAUAGCUUGUGGUACAAUACGCUGCAACAGGAUUCGUCUGGCAAAUGGAAGUUUGCAGGUCAUCUCCUCAACCUAGUCAACAAUCGUGGACUAGAUGCACCUGGAGGAAUGCUGGACGUUGGAGAUCCUCUGUCAAGCUUUGAUAUUUCUCAUCGAGGCGCCGUCUUUAUUGCACAAGACCGAACAGUCCUGGAUCCUGGGGAAUUUGCUGUAAGCUCGGCAUAUUUUGUGCCUGUUGAUUCCUUUAGCCUACCACCGACCGGACGACCCAAGCCAAUACAGUUGCCAUCAGGUGUUAAUGAGUGCAUCAUGUCUAACAUUCGGUUUUCCCCCGAUGGUGCAAUGAUUGGUUUUCUUUAUGUUCCACGUGGGGACGAAUAUGGCUCUCGCUUGCUUUUAGCAUCGACGAAUUCACUCGAUGCCUUCGAUGUCUUCAGUCUUGUCACGCCGACGUGGGGUGGCGGCGACGAAGAACACGAUCCACCCAAAGGGUUCGAGUUCGCUGGUGACUCUGAAAACAUCAUCAUGACAAGUGCCAAAUGUGGUCGAACUAUUCUAUCGAAGCUCAGACUCGCAGAUGGGGAGAUGCCGCACAUUUUUUUCAAGCAUGGUAGUGCAUCCGCGUAUUAUCCACUCAAAGACGAUAAAUGGGACGAAGUUCUGGUUUCCAGCUCCAGCUUCAUAGACAGUAGCCUCUGGCAAGUUGUGAAUGUCUCCGAGGCCGCCGUUGCCAAAACCCUUUCAUCAGCAACUAGUGAGGGUAAAAAGUUCAGGCUAUCCCCAGACAUGGUCACAGAGUUCUGGUAUGAGGGAGCGGAUGAUGUAUGUGUUCACUGUUUCAUGUUGCGACCCAACGAUUUCGAUGAAAACGAGAAAUAUCCGUGGGUAUUGAUGCCACACGGUGGUCCGAUAUCUUCUUGGGAUGACGCUUGGAGCACCAGGGAUAAAGCAGUGCUUGCCGGAGCCAGCUACGGUGGCUACAUGGUUAGCUGGAUGCUAGGACAUGAGAUCAUCAACAAGUUCUGCUGUGCGAUCUGGCAUGACGGAAUCUUCAACCUUCCUUCGUUCUUUUUGCAGACAGACGCAUUGUAUGAGGGCGGAAAUUUUGAAGGCGCUCUAUAUCCUUGGCAACGGCCCGUGGCUUUCGAACGCUUUAACCCUGCUCGGCCUGAGUUGUUGCGCAACUGGAGAAAUGCGCCGCCGACUCUCGUUAUUCACAGCGAGAAAGAUUAUCGAUGUCCUAUUACUGAGGGCAUUGCGACUUACAACACCUUGAAGGGAAAUGGCGUACCAAGUCGGUUGUUGAUCUUUCCAAACGAGGGACACUGGGUGCUUGAUCCAGAAAACGCUCUUGUCUGUCACAACACGGUCUGGGAUUGGGUCAAGAGAUGUGUGAAUGGUGAUAUUAGGAGAGGAGACACGAAAUGGUAA